UGACAGGGGCGGAGGCAGCCGCUUGCGCCCCGCCUGGCGCCGCCUCCCCGGGCGCGCUGCCCUCGCGGACCCACAGGCGGAGCGCAGCCUCAGCCAAGACUGAAGUUCAAGGCCCUAUCUUCCCGGUGGAACUGACGUUUGUCACAAGUCAAGCUCAGGAACAAGACGCUGUCAUCACAGGUCGACGCUCUGUGGCCUGCCUGGCCACUUCCAGCCAACAUGGUGGACACAGAGAGCCCCAUCUGUCCCCUCUCUCCACUUGAGACGGAUGACCUGGAGAGUCCCUUAUCAGAAGAAUUCUUACAAGAAAUGGGAAACAUUCAAGAGAUUUCUCAGUCCCUUGGGGAAGAGAGUUCUGGAAGCUUUAGUUUCACAGACUACCAAUAUUUAGGAAGCUGUCCAGGCUCUGAGAGCUCUGUCAUCACAGACACACUCUCUCCAGCUUCCAGCCCCUCUUCAGUCAGCUGUCCUGUGAUUCCCACCAGCACGGAUGAGUCCCCUGGCAGUGCACUCAACAUUGAGUGUCGGAUAUGUGGAGACAAGGCCUCAGGCUACCACUACGGAGUCCAUGCGUGUGAAGGCUGCAAGGGCUUCUUUCGGCGAACUAUUCGGCUAAAGCUGGUGUACGACAAAUGUGACCGGAGUUGCAAGAUUCAGAAAAAGAACAGGAAUAAGUGCCAGUACUGCCGCUUCCACAAGUGCCUGUCCGUUGGAAUGUCACACAAUGCAAUUCGUUUUGGGCGGAUGCCAAGAUCUGAGAAAGCAAAACUGAAAGCAGAAAUUCUUACAUGUGAACAUGAUCUGGAAGAUUCGGAGACUGCAGACCUCAAAUCUCUGGCCAGGAGAAUCCACGAGGCCUACCUGAAGAACUUCAACAUGAACAAGGUCAAGGCCCGGGUCAUCCUGGCAGGAAAGACCAGCAAUAACCCGCCUUUCGUCAUACAUGACAUGGAGACCUUGUGCAUGGCUGAGAAGACACUUGUGGCCAAGAUGGUGGCCAAUGGCAUCCAAAAUAAGGAGGCAGAAGUGCGAAUCUUCCACUGCUGCCAGUGCAUGUCCGUGGAGACUGUCACCGAGCUCACCGAAUUCGCCAAGGCCAUCCCAGGCUUUGCAAACUUGGACCUCAAUGACCAAGUAACCUUGUUAAAGUACGGUGUGUAUGAAGCCAUCUUCACAAUGCUGUCCUCCCUGAUGAACAAAGACGGGAUGCUGAUAGCGUAUGGCAAUGGCUUCAUCACGCGGGAGUUCCUGAAGAACCUGAGGAAACCGUUCUGUGACAUCAUGGAACCCAAGUUUGAUUUUGCCAUGAAGUUCAACGCCCUAGAACUGGAUGACAGUGACAUUUCCCUUUUUGUGGCUGCUAUAAUUUGCUGCGGAGAUCGGCCUGGCCUUCUAAACAUAGGAUACAUUGAGAAGAUGCAGGAGGGUAUCGUGCACGUGCUCAAGCUCCACCUGCAGAGCAACCAUCCAGAUGAUACUUUUCUCUUCCCGAAACUUCUUCAAAAAAUGGUGGACCUUCGGCAGCUGGUCACGGAGCAUGCACAGCUCGUGCAGGUCAUCAAGAAGACCGAGUCUGACGCAGCACUGCACCCGCUACUGCAGGAGAUCUACAGAGACAUGUACUGAUUUCUCCUGAGAUGGCAGCCAUUGCCACCGUCCAGGGACCUCUGAGGUCUGCAGCCCCACACAGGAGAGCGGGGAUUUGCACUGACGACCACCCUCCUACCCUUGGAGAUGAAGAGGGCUGAGCCUAGGUAAUGCAGGCUCUUCCCACGUCUUUCCUUUCUGAAUUGGCACUUCUAAGAACACCUGUUACUCAAACGCUGGUGAGCGGAGGCUAAUAGGAUUCAGACAAUCACAGAGAAUGGCAGUCCCCGGGCUGAUCUUAACUGGUCCUGCACUAAUCAAUGCACAUUUCUCUACAUCGCGUUUAUAAUUUGCCCCUAUAAUUAAUGUGUAACCUCAAAGUCCGAGUGUUUUUGUCUCUGCUCACCGACCUUCUGGCUGUGUGUGCUCUUGUUAAUCCCGAAAACUAAUCUGCACUUUUUAACCUUUAAAAUCUACAAGUCACCACGCGGCCCAGGGUUAGCCAUUUAGACAUGGCAGAAUGUUUAUUGGGAAGACAUCAAUUCCAUUUCCUAGCUCUAAGAAAGAGAGCUGGCUCCUGAGAACAUAAGAGAAUGGUUAGAAUAUGUAGCCCCAUCAUUUCCUUUGUUGACUCACUGUUCUGGAGGAUGUAACUAACAUGUGGGGAAAAAAACAACAAAACAAAAAAAUUUUCCAGGUUUGUGUAGAAGUUCCCAGAAAGCUAUAAUCUCAAGAAGCCUCAAGAGGCUUGCUUGAGCUAAUGUCUGAUACACAAAGACAGGAUGAGGCCCGAGCGACAAGUUCUGCAGUCCUGUUCAUGCUAAUCCCAUAGCGUAUGGGCAUGACAGCAAUUCCAGAGAUGGAGUCGCAGAAGAUCUGUAAACGCUCCUCUAGGCCCCCUCUGGCAGCUCCUUUAAUAUGACACUUUAUGGCUUUUUUGUUUUUAAAUCUUGGUGGGGAGAUACCCCCUGGAGUGGAGAAGGCAAAGGUGGCUUUACUACCCAGGCUGGGAGGGUCUGGUCAUCCUGGAGAACAAGAGGCAGGGGUGUGGUGUCCUUCCCCUUCUAUCUGUACCCAAUAGAAGCUCUCACAACACUUGAUUGGGUUUUUGUUGUUGUUGUUGUUUUGUUUUAUUUCAGAGAAUUAGAUGAUAAAGUCCCCUUUCUUCCAUCCCAUUGGGCAAGCAGUGCUGACUAACUUCAGGAGAAAUAGUUGGCACAGAGAAUUCCCAGACCUCACGGACCUGCCAGCACCUGCCCUCCAAGAGGGUAGCUGCAUUUUUCCAAUCAGGGUGUAUCUUUUGUGCCCCUUCCCAUCUUUAGAAAAUUUUGACUCUUCUGAUGUCACAUUAUCUGUUAUUAAAGAAUGAUCAAGAUGGAUACUGCCAGGGAGUUGGAGAUGUAGCUCAGCUGGCAGAGGGCUUGCUGAACCCUAGUGCUGCUAUCUGCUGGGCAUGGUGGCGCAUGCCUGUGACCUCAGCAAAUGUUUAAGGUCACCUUCAUAUAGACAGUAAAACGAAUAAUGUGGCCAUGAUAUUUCAAGUAGGAAAAAGGGAAAAUUAGGAUCAAGAUUAAGAUUUGCACACUUAUGGCGGAGUGGUGGUUGUGCACAUCUUUAAUCCCCGCACUCAGGAGGCACAGGCAGGUAGACCUCUGUGGGUUUUGGGUCCAGCCUAGUAGGGCCAGCCUGGUCUACAGAGUUAGUUGUAGGACAGUCAAGGCUAUACAGAGAAACCCUGUCUCAAAAAACAAAACAAAAGCAAACAGAAUGAGUCUUUUUCUGUCCCACCAGCCAGCUCCCAAAUAAUGACACAGAAACUUCUGAUUAAUUAUGAAAGCUUGGCCCAUAGCUUAGGCUUGUUCCUAACUAGCUCUUAUAACUUAAAUUAACCCAUUUAUAUUAAUCUAUGUUCUAUCACGUGGCAUUACCUCUCUUCCAUCUUGGACCUCCUGUUUCCUCUUCAUGUCUCCUGGAGUCUCUAGGGUGUUGAGAUUCCUCCCCCUCUUCCUUUCUCUCCCUGGAAAUCCAGCCUAUACCUCUCCUGCCUAGCCAUUGGUCGUUCAGCUUUUUACUACACCAAUCACAGCACUACAUCGUCAUACCGUGUACAAAUAUCCCAUAACAUCCCCCUCUCUCUUUCUCUCCUUCCUCCAUGUCUUCUUUCCUCUCCUCCUUCCUCAUAGUCACUUUCCCACUUUUCCCUCCUUCCUUCCUGCCAGACAAAGGCUCUGCUGGGCAGCAGUCGCUGCAGGCAGUCUGCCUGGGCUCUCAGGAAUCAGUGGCAGAGAAAAUCAGUUUCAUAGAUGAUCCCAGUGAGGGUUGAGCUCAUUCGGGAAGGAGCCCGCCUCUGUGGCACAUGGCAUACCCAGUCUUUGGUCCUUCCUGCAGGCUAGAGCUGGUCCUAGGUUUAAAGGGUCAAAGGUUGGAUUCUAGUUCCAAGUCUCUUCAGGGCACCUGUCCCCAAUCAGGGUAAACUCCUGUUCCGAUGGGCCUUAGACAAAUGCCACUCGAGGGUAGGUAACCUUGGAAAGAGGGUUUUUGGAGUAGCCAUGCACUUUGUUUGAACUUCCAUAAAACUUAUAAAAGUAGCCCCUUGCCGUAUGCUUUCAGCAUGGACCACACAGCUGCCUGACAGCUCUGUGUCGGCUUGCGUCAGAGCUGAUGCUCAGUGGUGUUCAUGGAGAUGUGGUGUUCUCAGAGCCUCGUGUGACUGCCAGUGAGUUAUCCCCAGUGAAACCAGGAGGGACCACAGUGGCCUUGGCUUGAAAGUCACUGACUUUGUGCACUUCCAUUAAUAGGAAGGAUAUUCACGAUGUGGCCACAUAGUGGUAGGCUCUUUCAGGUUACCUAGUCAGAUUUAGCAAGGUGACAGUCACCCAAACCUUGCCAGGUCAAAUACUGUGGCCCAUGUAGGAACGAUAAAGUGGACAGCUAUGGUCUGCAAGGUGUCAGUGGCAUCAACCAGUAGCCCAGUAAGAGAUGCCACCUUGGUUCCUGGAGCUCUAGAGCAGGGAUGUGGAGCCACUUCUCAGCACUGAAGGCAAAAUUCUCCUGGUGCCAGACUCCUUGGAGACCAGUAGAGACCAAGUCCCUGCUCCUCAACUCCUGUGUCCAGGAGAUGUAUGUGUCUCUGUGAAGGAACAUUUGCUGUUAAAGGAAGCUUUAAGGAUGCACUUGUGCAAAAAUGGCUGCUAUCUACUGAACUGAGGUCUACCUGACUUCCUCUGGGGCCCUGUCUGCUCCACUCCGCUAGCCCCUCCCUCCCUCCACACCACCUCUUUCCAGUCGUCUUGUAGGCCCUCCCCCAGGAGAGAUUCUUGAAGCAGACCUUCAGCAAGCAUGGCUCCUGGGCUGCUCUACACACGGAUUGUAUCUGUCUGAUUCCAAAUAUAUCUCACCUUGAGCCUUAUCAACACACCAUGACGUGGGGUAUGUUGGACACUCAGCAGCCUGACGCAUGGUGGAAAGCGAUUUUUGCCCUGCUUCCUUGGCCAUGUAUUUUGAAAAUUUCUUGUUGAAGUUCAGCUUAAAGGUUUUCUGGUGUCCCCUGAGAUUGACUAGGCUUUGGCCCAGAGCCUCCUAUAGCCAAAAAGCCCACCACCUGCGCUGAAUCUCUCUUUAACCUUUGUGGCCUUUCGAGAUGAAGGUCCCACCAGAAACAUGCAGCACCUGCCCACAGCUGCUCACCCAGCAUGCAGAGUAGGUCACGGCCUCUGGAGGGGUGAGAACAGGAGCCUAAACCGAUCUUCAAGUAGAUACCACCAGCCUGAUGGCUGGAGGGCCAGCCUGGUUUCCCGGUGGCCCACCAGGCACCACUCUGUCCCCAGUUCCAUUUGUAUGACUGACACCCACGAACAGAAUAGGGUAAGAAUAUCACAACAACAGCCUGACUCAGAACAGAGACAGCCUUUGUCUUUCUCUGAAACACAGCACACACAAAGAUCUGCAUCAAGAUAGGUUUGGGUUUAAAUGAGUAGAUCAUGUUCCUCACUGAGCCUCCUCUGAGGAAUGUAUUGGCAUCUCUGGUUUUUCCUCAGUGGAGUGGGCUUCAUCAGACCCCAGCCAACAGCUGUCGCAUCCAUGUCAGAAUCUCAGAGACAUGAGAAAUAGAGCGUGUUGCUUUGCUCCCCAAGAGAACUCCUUUAGUCAGGGAGAGUGGUUGCAUAGUGAGGUUCACCUUUUGGGAAGUCCUGUGCCUGACCAAACUGCUUCCAUGGUCAGGGUCAUGUCUUGACCACGUGGCUGCCAGGUGCCAUUGUUGGCAAAAGAAAAUGAGAAACAUCAAGUUUUAUGUCAUAGACAGCGACCAGGGCUCGGUUUCAUUUUCUUCUUAUUUAAAAGUUUCCCAGUUGAGGUCAAAUAUAGAAACUCUGGAAUGAUCUGUGAAGAGAGGAGAUAAUGGUCUCCUCUUCACAUCUCUUUCCCCCUUGUCCAGCUUCAAAUUCAUUCAUUCAGUGAAACAUGUUUCACCACUGGGGCACAGGUUACCCCUACAGUGGUGAGGUCAGAGCAGAGACAGAUGGGUAUCUGGGCUCCCUGGCCUGCAGAGGGCACUUGGGCAUCUUUCCCAGACCCCUGGGACUCAGUGUGUAUCAAGUCAUGUAGAGUCUGGAUUCAGGCCCUGAAGACCAGCGAGUGGCUGACCCUUUCCUGGUAAAGUUGUCACUGGGGGAAAUUUCACUUUAAAAAAAAAAAAGGCUCUUUUGUCAGGCCUGAAACCAAGUGUACCUCACAACAGAUGAUAGCCACUUGGCGCCUUUCUAGGAAGAUGUCAGUAUUAUCCAUGUCAAGUGUCACUAUGUUUUCUGCACUGAAUGAAAAAGGAUUAUCUUUAUAGCUGUAUCUGAAAUACUGUGAUUUCUGGUUUUUGUUUUUUAAACGCUCUGAUACAAGCAGUCGACUAGCUUGUGAUCGUGUGUCUAAUUGCCAACACCUGGAAUCUUCUAAGUCGGGGUUCAGUGCGCCGUAUGUUCAAAGCCUGGCCCUUGAACCUGCUCGACCCAGGAAGCCCAAAUACACAACAGCACCACUGCCCGUGAGCGCAUGCCCCACACCCGAGCUGUGCACUCUCUUUCCAGUGUGGGGAUCUGUUCCUUUAGUCAUUGUUGUUUUUUUUUUCUUCCCCCUCGCAACAAGUGCAAGCCAGUCUGUUUGUAUCCAUCUCUGCCAGCCAGGCCUUCCUGAACCCUGACUGGAAGUCACUAACCUUACACCGGGGUUGCUAUCAAGGCUACUACUGAGUAGGCUUGUAGGGUUAACAGCUGCCCACUAUUCAGGGAAUUGUUACCUGUAAAUUACCAAAGAACUGUGGUGAUCUGUUGUUCCACUGUGUCUCCAUGUCAUUUCCAGUCUCCUGGCCACAUUGCUCCUUGGUGUGUCUUCGUAACACCCUCCAAGACCCACAGUGCCAUCCCACUAGAGCCCAAGGGGAGGGGUCUGACAGACACACACAAGGACAUGCUCAUUUCCAAAGCAAGGUCUGAGCCCAGCUUUCUGCCACCUGCUCACUACUGUCCGUGUACCAUUCUCUCAGAGCUGCGGGCCUGCAGCCCUUCUUCACGUCUGUGGUAAGAACGGUCCUGAACAGGGGUUGUUGAGCCAGUGCCGGCAUCCUCUCCCACCUUCCAGCUCUUUGUGGAUACAGGGCUACCCAGGACAUCAGGAAUCCAGAGUGAACACAGAAGCACAAAUAGAAUUUACUAGUCACAUGAACUGACUGGUUCCAGGCAAUUAGAAAAUGGCUGUAACUUAACCUUAAUUAAAAAAAAAAAAAUAUUGAGUCUUCUUCGUUUUCUCCAUAGGAGAUUGAACUGACUGUAUGCAUUGAUUUAUAUCCUGAAUUUAUGGGAACCUGUAUGUUUGGAAUGUCCUACUGUAAGACUGAUGAAUGUAAAGAGUUAA